CAAGUCCACGAGGAUGGAGAUUUACCUUCUCACCCCACAGGGCCUUCAGCCGCUGGUGGACGUGCCGCUGUACGGCCGCAUUGCCACCAUGGAGCUCUUCCGCCCGCCCGGCGAGUUGAAGGACCUGCUGUUCAUAUGCACGGAGCGGUACAAGUUCUGUGUGCUCGAGUAUGACGCGCACUCCAGGGAGCUCAUCACCAGGGCCAACGGGGACGUCUCUGAUCGAAUCGGGCGACCAACAGACAAUGGCCAGAUCGGCAUAGUGGAUCCGGACUACCGCAUAAUCGGGCUGCAUGUGUACGACGGGCUCUUCAAGGUCAUCCCCAUCGACGCCAAGGGCCACCUCAAAGACGCCUUCAACAUCCGGUUGGAGGAGCUGCAGGUGAUCGACAUCAAGUUCCUGUACGGCUGUGAACGCCCCACCAUCGCCGUGCUCUACCAGGACAAUAAGGAUGCCAGGCACGUGAAGACAUACGAGGUGCAGGUGCGAGACAAGGACUUCACGGACGGCCCGUGGCAGCAGAGCAAUCUGGACGGCGGGGCGGCGCUCAUCAUCGCGGUGCCGCCGCCCAUGGGGGGUGCGCUCAUCGUGGGCGAGCAGAGCAUCGUCUACCACAACGGCGCCGUGCUUAAGGCGCUGCCCAUGCGCCCCUGUCUGGUGGAGGCGUAUGGCCGGGUGGAUCCAGACGGCUCGCGCUAUCUGCUGGGCGACCACAUGGGCACUCUCAUGCUGCUCGUGCUCACUCGCGACAAGGACCGGGUGGUGACGAUGAAGCUGGAGACGCUGGGGUCGGUGUCAUCGCCCUCCACCAUCUCCUACCUCGACAACGGUGUCGUCUUCCUUGGCUCCGCUCACGGCGACUCGCAGCUGAUCCGCCUGUCGGAGCACCCAGCAGCGGCGACGGGCAGCUACGUGGAGGAGAUGGAGCGGUUUGUGAAUCUGGGCCCCAUAGUGGACAUGGCCGUGGUGGACCUCGACCGCCAGGGGCAGGGCCAGCUCGUCACCUGCUCGGGGGCCUUUGGCGACGGGUCGCUGCGCGUCGUGCGCAACGGCAUCGGGAUCAACGAGCAGGCAACGGUGGAGCUGGAGGGCAUCAAGGGCAUGUGGUCGCUGCGGCGGGGCACGUGGGAGGAGCACGACACGUUCCUGGUGGUCACGUUUGUCAGCGAGACGCGGUCGCUGGCCAUCAACGACGACGACGAGCUGGAUGAGACGGACGUGGUGGGCUUCGACCAGCACGCGCAGACCCUCUUCUGCGGGAACGUGCUGCACGACCACAUCGUGCAGGUGACGUCAUCGGAGCUGCGGCUGGUGAAUGCGCACACACUGCAGCAGGUGAACGAGUGGCGGGCACCCGCUGGCGCAUCCAUCAACGUCGCCACCGCCAACCUCUCCCAGGUGCUGCUGGCUACGGGGGGCGGCACGCUGGUGUACAUAGAGGUGGGCGAGGGCACGCUGACAGAGAGGACGCACGUGACUCUGGAGCAUGAGAUCGCGUGCCUUGAUGUCACUCCCAUCACUGAUGAGAAUGCCAUGGCAGAUGGCGCAGUCCCCAAGGCAGCAUUCGCGGCGGUGGGCAUGUGGACGGACAUGAGUGUGCGCGUGCUGCGCCUGCCGGGGCUGGAGGAGGUGCACAAGGAGGUGCUGGGGGGGGAGAUCAUCCCGCGCUCCGUGCUCAUGUGCUGCCUCGAGCAGGUGCCGUACCUGCUGUGUGCGCUGGGCGACGGGCAUCUCUUCAACUUCCACCUGGACCGCGAGAGCGGCCAGCUGUCUGACCGGAAAAAGGUGUCCCUGGGCACGCAGCCCAUUGCGCUGCGCACCUUCCGCUCGCGCGACGCCACUCACGUGUUUGCGGCGUCGGACCGGCCGACGGUGGUGCACAGCAGCAACCGCAAGCUGCUCUACUCCAACGUCAACCUCAAAGAGGUCACCCACAUGUGCUCCUUCAACUGCGCCUCCUUCCCUGACAGCCUGGCACUGGCGAAGGAGGGCGACCUGACGAUCGGCAGCAUCGACGACAUUCAGAAGCUGCACAUCCGCACCGUGCCUCUCAGGGAGCAGCCUCGCCGCAUCUGCCACCACGAGCAGUCGCACUCCAUCGCUGUCACCACCAUCAAAGUCAGCCUUGUGAACGGCGAGGAGGCGGAGAGCCACUAUGUGCGGCUGUUGAGCGACCAGACGUUUGACCAGCUGUCGCACGUGCCUUUAGAGCCGUUUGAGAACGGGUGUUCCAUCAUCGCCUGCUGCUUCGCUGACGACCCCACCGCCUACAUCGUGGUCGGCACCGCCUUUGCCUUCCCCGACGAGCAGGAACCCACCAAGGGUCGCAUCCUGGUGCUGGCAGUGGAGGGCGGCAAGCUGCAGAUAGUUGCAGAGAAGGAGACCAAGGGCGCCGUGUACACGCUGAGCGCGUUCAACGGGAAGGUGCUGGCGGGCAUCAACAACAAGGUGCAGCUGCUGCGCUGGGCGCCCCGCGACGACGGCGGCAGGGAGCUGCUGGUGGAGUGUGGCCACUUGGGGCACAUCCUGGCGCUGUACACGGCAUGCCGGGGGGACUUCAUUGUCGUCGGCGACCUCAUGAAGAGCAUGUCGCUGCUCGUCUACAAGCAAGAGGAGGGGGCGUUGGAGCUGAGGGCGCGCGACUUCAACGCCAACUGGAUGACGGCGGUGGAGGUGCUGGAUGAUGACGUGUACAUCGGCGCCGAGAACAGCUUCAACCUCUUCACCCUCCGCAAGAACGGUGACGCCCCCACCGACGAGGAGAGGGGGCGCCUUGAGGUGGUGGGCGAGUACCACGUGGGCGAGUUUGUGAAUCGCUUCCGCCACGGGUCGCUGGUGAUGCGGUUACCAGACUCGGAGACGGCCAACAUCCCCACGCUGCUCUUUGGCACUGUCAGCGGCGCCAUCGGGGUCGUUGCCUCGCUGCCCCAGGACCUCUUCUCCUUCCUGCACCGCCUGCAGGUGUGCCUAACAAAGGUGAUAAAGGGCGUGGGCGGGCUGUCACACGCGGAGUGGCGCAGCUUCCACAACGAGCGCAAGACGGUGGACAGCAAGGGCUUCAUCGACGGCGACCUCAUUGAAGCCUUUCUGGACCUCAAGAGGGAGCGCAUGGCCGAGGUGGCCGACCACAUGAAGGUGCCUCUCGAGGAGCUCUGCAAGAAGGUGGAGGAGCUCACCCGCCUGCACUGA